CUACCAUGUAACACAAAAAAACUAUUCGCCUUCUUGUCUUGCUGUAUUCUGCACUUAUGGCAUCUCAGCUUCACAAAACUUCGCUUUGUGCAACUUUGCUGCUGCUGCUGCUAUUGCUUCCCCGUGUUCCUGUUCUCAAAGCUUCACUCGGAUCCCAAGGGAGGGCGUUGCUCCACUGGAAAGCCACUCUUCGGAGUCGUCAAUCCUUGAGAUCUUGGAACCUCAAUUCUAGUCCUUGCAAUUGGACCGGAGUUACUUGCAAUUACCCCGUCGUAGGUAGAGGGCGUUCGACGAUCACCGAGAUAUCCCUGCCGAGCAUGGGCUUGGUAGGGCCACUUGAUGCUCUUGACUUUUCGACUUUGGGAUCGCUCCUCCGUCUCAAUCUCUCCUACAAUCAGUUCGAUGGGGCAAUUCCUCCGGCCAUCUCUGCUCUCUCCAGGCUCGUAUCUCUUGAUCUUAGUAGCAAUCAAUUCACAAGCAAAAUCCCAGUUGGGAUGGGCUCCAUGAAAGAUAUCCAAUUCUUGAGUCUUAGUCAGAAUCAAAUGGUUGGUACUAUACCUCCAUCUCUUAGCAACCUCACCGGCCUUGUGUCCUUGCAUUUGGAAGAUAAUAAGCUUGUGGGUGUCAUUCCUAAGGAGUUAGGGAAGUUCCACGUGUUGAUGUAUUUGAAUAUUGGGGUCAAUAACCUAUCUGAAAUAGUGAAAGAGGUGGCACCGCCAGGGUUGGAGGUGGCACCGCCCAGGAGAGGAUCUCCCAGCAAAGCUGGGCGGUGCAACCGCCCCAGGCAGGAGGUGGCACCGCCUAGGCUCAGUCUCCGAGCGAGACUGGGCGGUGCAACCUCUCCUGACAGAGGUAGCACCGCCUGAGCUCGGUCUUCGAGCUCUGGCAGGAGAGGUGCAACCGCCUCAGUCAGGAGGUGGCACCGCCUGGGGCUCAGUCUCCGAGCCAGACUCAGGCGGUGCAACCGCCCCUGACAGAGAGGUGCAACCGCCUGGGCUUAGUCUCCGAGCUCUACCAGGCGGUGCAACCUCUCCAGUCAGGAGGUGCAACCGCCUGAUCCCGGAAUUCCGGGAUUUGAUCGUUUUGAGCUCCAAAUUUGAACUGGGUUGGGGCCUAUAAAUACCCCACCCAUUCAGCACAGAAAGCAGACAGAUAGACACCGAAAUCUUGAUCUUUUCUGUGAUUCUUAGAGCUCAAAAUUGUGGUUAAGGCCUAAAGUUCUCCUCCCUCUGUUCUUCAAGUUUUGAGUUGUAAAGAGAGGAGAGAAAGGUUAUGUAAGGGUUGUCUCCUGAGCCCGUCAAAAGGAGUGAAACUGUAAAAGGGCAGUUGGCCUUUGCCUAUUGAAGGAAGGCCUCUAGUUGACGUCGGUGACCUCGUUGGUGGAGGAAGCCAAAAGUGGAGUAGGUCAAGACUGACCGAACCACUCUAAAUCUCUGGUUUGCUUUUACUUUGAGCACUUUAUCAUUACUGCAAACCUCCUACAUAGCUACUGCCCUCUGCGCUUUUACGAACAAGUUUCUAAGUUCUGAUCUUUCCGAAUCUGUAUUUAGACGUAAAUCGGUGUUUUCGUAUGAUCACUACAUUGCAGUUUACGUUUACGUUUUGAUUCCAUUUAUAACUGCAAACUGUCUUCUGCGCUUUUACGAACGAGUUUCUAAGUUCAGAUCUUUCUGAAAUUGCGUUUAGACGUAAAACUGCGUUUAGACAUAAACUGCGCAAACUGCGUUUAGACGCAAACUGCGUUUAGACGUAAACUAUGUUUAGACGUAAAAUUGCGUAAACUACGUUUAGACGUAAAAUUGCGUAAACUAAGUUUAGACGUAAAACUGCAUUUAGACGCAAACUGCAUUUAGACGCAAACUGCGUUUAGACGUAAAACUACGUUUAGACGUAAAACUACGUUUAGACGCAAACUGUAUUUAGACGCAAAUUGCGUUUAGACGUAAACUGCGCUUAAUCUUAAGUAAUCUUAGAAUCGACUUUUGCAUCAAAAUAGUUUUUAUCGAACGAACGCAGCUUUCAUUUUUAAUCGCUGAAAGAUUUCCGCUGCACUAAUUCACCAAUCUCAUUGAGGUCCGCUUCUUAGCUCUAAACCAAAAUCAGCUCUCAGGUCCUAUCCCUUUUGAGAUUGGAAAUCUCAUUGAGGUCACCAAUCUCUACUUCUCAAAAAACUUAUUAACAAGUUCAAUUCUUUCCUCUAUAGGAAACAUGACCAAAUUAAAUAUUCUUUACCUUUGGGGAAAUCAAUUGUCUGGUUUUAUUCCUUUUGAGAUUGGAAAUCUAAUUGAAGUUACUGAUCUCGAACUCUCAACAAACCUUUUGACAGGUCCCAUCCCUUCCUCUAUAGGAAACAUGACCAAAUUAAAUAUUCUUUACCUUUCGGAAAAUCAAUUGUCUGGUUUUAUUCCCCUUGAGAUUGGAAAUCUAAUUGAAGUUACUGAUCUCGUACUCUCAACAAAUCUUUUGACUAGUCUCAUCCCUUCCUCUAUAGGAAACAUGACCAAAUUAAAUAUUCUUUACCUUUCGGGAAAUCAAUUGUCUGGUUUUAUUCCCCUUGAGAUUGGAAAUCUAAUUGAAGUUACUGAUCUCGUACUCUCAACAAAUCUUUUGACUGGUCUCAUCCCUUCCUUAAUAGGAAAUAUGACCAGAUUAAAGACUCUUUACCUAUGGGGUAAUCAAUUGUCUAGUUUUAUUCCUCUUGAGAUUGGGAAUCUAAUUGAAGUUACCGAUCUCGAUCUCUCAAAAAACCUUUUAACUGGUCCCAUCCCUUCCUCUAUAGGAAAUAUGACCAAAUUAGAGAUUCUUUAUCUUUUGGGUAAUCAAUUGUCUGGUUUUAUUCCUCUUGAUAUUGGGAAUCUAAAUGAAAUUAUUGAUCUCGAACUCUCGACAAACCUUUUAACUGGUCACAUCCCUUCCUCUAUAGGAAACAUGACCAGAUUAAAUACCCUUUCUCUUGAGAGUAAUCAAUUGUCUGAUUUAAUUCCUCUUGAGAUUGGAAAUCUAAAUGAAAUUAUUUAUCUCGAACUCUCGAAAAACCUUUUGACCGGUCCCAUCCCUCCGUCUAUAGGAAAUCUAACCAAACUCAGAGAUCUACGUGUCUUCGAUAAUCAGUUGUCUGGACCUUUGCCUAUGGAGAUCAACAACAUUAUUGGACUAACAUACCUAGAGCUGUCAAAUAAUAGCUUCGUCGGUUACGUACCCCCAAACAUAUGCAAAGGUGGAGCCCUAAAGUACCUCACUCUUGAUACAAACAACUUCCAAGGUCCCAUUCCUACGACCUUGAAAAACUGUACGACACUAGAAAGGGUUCGUCUUGAACACAACCAACUCACCGGAGAUGUAUCUCAAUGUCUUGGAGUGUAUCCCCAUCUUUAUUAUAUGGAUUUGAGCUUCAAUCAACUCUCCGGUACACUCUCACCAGACUGGGCAAGAUGGCACAAUCUGACGCUCUUCAGAAUCUCAAAUAACAACAUCACCGGAGUCAUACCCACCGAGUUUGGGCAGUUGACGAAACUGGGAGAGCUGGACCUCUCUUCCAACUACCUACAAGGCGAGAUCCCAAAGAGCUUCGCCAGCUUAACCCUUCUUUACAAUCUGAGCUUGGGCAACAACCAACUCGUCGGCCAGGUGCCUCUGGAGAUUGGAAUGUUGUCCAAUCUUGAACUGCUUGAUCUCUCAUCCAACAACUUGGCAGGAAGAAUCCCAGAUCAAUUAGGCAAGUGCACGAAACUCCGAUCGUUGAAGCUUAGCAACAACAACUUCAGUGGAACCAUUCCUUUGGCCAUUGGUAAUCUGGUGUACCUCCAAGUCACCUUUGACAUCAGCCAGAACUCACUAACAGGGGAGAUUCCAUUCCAACUCAGCAAAUUGGUGAUGCUGCAAAGCCUGAAUCUAUCGCAUAAUUACUUGUCAGGUCAUCUUCCAUCUUCCCUAACGUAUAUGACGAGCUUGUCUACCGUAGAUGUAUCCUACAAUGAACUGGACGGCCCUGUUCCUCAUAGCCCAGCUUUCCGAAGAGCCCCGGCAGAGUGGUUUGCCCAUAACAAUGAUCUGUGUGGAGUUGUUCAAGGAUUGCCUCCAUGUGUUUCACCCGGUACUCCAACGACAGACGACCGAAGCAAGCGCCACAAAAUUGUUAUAGGAGCCAUCAUUGCUUCUGGGGUCUUCUUCCUUCUCUUGUUUUUAUUCAUUGGAGCAUUCCGCAAGAGAGAAAAAUAUACAGUACCUGUGGAUACUAAUCACGUCAAAGAAGGUGCAUUCUGUAUAUUGAAUUUUGUUGGAAGAGACGUAUGCAAGGACAUCAUCGAAGCCACCGAAGAUUUCGAUUCCAAGUACUGUAUCGGAAGCGGUGCAUACGGCAGUGUCUACAGAGCAGAGUUAGCAAGUGGGGAACUGCUAGCGGUGAAGAAGAUUCACCUACCAGACACCGAAGGUACAUGCGACGAGCAACCCUUUCAAACUGAGAUACAAACUCUUACUCAAAUUCGACAUCGCAAUAUCGUCAAGCUUUACGGGUUCUGCUCCUCUCCCCGACGCAAAUUUCUGGUGUACGAGUACAUGGAGAGAGGAAGUCUGGGAUCUGUCCUCCGAAGCGAGACUGCAGCUGAAUUGGACUGGGUGAAGAGGGUGAGCAUCGUGAAGGAUGUUGCUCGUGCUCUGUUCUACAUGCAUCAUGACUGCACACCGCCUAUCGUUCAUCGAGAUAUUACCAGCAACAACAUCCUACUUGAUUCCGAAUUCAACGCUUGUGUUUCCGACUUUGGAAUUGCUCGACUACUGAAGCCGGAUUCGUCAAAUUGGACCAUGCUUGCAGGCACACGGGGUUACCUAGCACCAGAGCUUGCUUACACAAUGAGAGUAACUACCAAAUGUGAUGUGUACAGCUUUGGUGUGGUCACGCUUGAGUUGCUAGUAGGAGCAUAUGGAGAAGAACUUAUCUCCAUUCUGUCAUCUCCGUCCGGUAACAAUGUCUUCGUGAAAGAUGCAUUAGACCAACGUCUAUCACUUCCUGUGGCACGAGUUGCAGAUGAAGUAAUUGCAGUCUUAACAGCGGCACUAAGUUGUGCCAACAACAGCCCAGAAUCGCGCCCAGCGAUGAAGCAAGUCUAUGAAAAUAUAUGUUCUGUCAAGACACCACAGAGCUGUGGAUCUCUUGAUGCGCUGAGGCUUUCCGACUUGAUGAAUGCAGACAUAUGAUCGAACACAUGGUCUCCUUUGUUUGCCUUCUUUCCUGAGGCACGUAGGAUAUUAUUUGGAUGUACUGAUAUGCCGUGUAGCUGGUUCGGACCCUUUGGUUGUGUAGUAGUGUCGUUUUGAGGCAAAUAAUAGAAGCCUAAUUGGAAACA